AUGGUGAAGAAACGUAAAAAGAAGGAUUCGGGUGAGUCCUUGCUUUUCAGCACAAGCAGCGAUUCCGAUUGCGACGAUUCGCCAGUAUUGCAGGAUGCAAAUGCCUUCGCUCCCUUUAGGGUCGCUGAUUAUUGUCGGCGAUACCCUGAAGAUGCGGAAGCCAAGUCUGAAUUCAUAAUAUUUGUCGAAAGUACUAAUGAUGUCUCACUCGUUGAUUUUAACGCCCAUCAUACUUUUUGGGGUUGCAGUCGCAUAGAUUCUCGGGGCAGAGCUAUUAUGGAUUCCAUGGAUGACCAUGACUUAAUACUUUUAAAUAAUGGUCAACCAACAACUAUAGGCUCUCAUAUGUGGAAACCAAACGGUCUACAUUUAACUAUGGUGUCUUCUUCUUUAUUUCUUUCUUGUGACUGGCAAGUUCAUCAGGACCCUUUAGGGAGUUAUCAUCUGCCAACUAUCACAAAAUUUACUCUCGUAAGAGAUCAGCAUGAGCCCUCUAUUCCCUUGAACAACAUUCCUUUUCACAGCAAUCUGAAAUUAGUAAAUUGGGAUAGUUAUGAACAAAUUGUUAAUAAAAUGUUAAUGAACUUUAAAGUUGACAAUAGUGAUCUGCUUGACUCAUAA